AUGGCCAACGAGGAGCAAAAUAACAAUUUGUCAGAGUCUGUCCUGUUGUCUCUAGGCCAACCAACCAAGUGGGUAACGUCAGAAGCAAACAGGAUUCCCGACAAGCAUUUUCUUGAUGAUUUCAAGCAAAGGUUGCUUUGCAAUGAAGAAGCGAGGGGGGUCGUUGACCACUCUCAACAAAGAUUCAAUCUGCGAGGUAUCGGAGGCAUCUGGCCGCUCAAACCCGGCAGCGAUGAAUCAUUUCUUUCACAAUUGGAGAGCCCAUCUACAACUCCAUACCCGCAGUCAGUGCUCAGCAGCUCAGAUGCCUGCACUCUCAAUCUGGAAGCUGAGCUAGACCAGUUACGCCCAACGUUUCCUUCUACACUUCAAAGCUACAUCUAUCUGGAUCGACUUGACGUACACACGCUCUGGGGUUCUAAUACCGCUACACCACCAUACCUCGACGUCGCUCUCGCGAGCCUGACUUGUCUCAUGUCCGAGGACAAAAAUGACACUCGAGGCCACUCUUUAUUUAUGACUGCGGUCAGGUUAUUCAUCGUGACGCUCGAAUUGGACAACCGGGAGGCACGCAGAGUCGAGGGAGCACUGGCCGCGCUGCUGCUAGCGGUUUAUGGUUUGUUGACUCACCCUCCGUCUCAGUGGAGGGUUACUACGAACAUGUUGGCCUUCUUCACGGCGGUAGUUCCUCCCCUUGCCUCACGAAUUCUUCACGCCUCCUGA